AUGGUAUCAAAACCUGCUGGUUUCUAUCAACAUGGGAGCUUCUCAUUUAUCAAAAAAACCUUCAUACUUGUACUUCUUAACUUUAUACUUCACAAAGCUGACUCAGGCUGCAAUAACUCUAUUGUCACUUCUAUGGUUCCAUUAUCACCCUAUGAGAUCCUCUCAUCACUGCAAACACUACCUCUCGAUGGCAACUUGAGUUUGAGGGACAAUGGUGAUGCUGCCAAAGACUUUGGCAAAAUAUACCAUUUUCCUCCUCUAGCAGUGCUGCAUCCAAAAACCGUUUCAGAUAUUUCACGGACCAUAAAGCAUAUUUUUGAAAUGGGAUCAGCUUCAGAGUUGAAGGUUGCUGCUAGAGGCCAUGGCCAUUCCCUUCAAGGUCAGGCACUAGCACAUGGAGGCCUAGUCAUUAACAUGGAGUCACUGCAGGGUCCUGAAAUAAAAGUUCAUGCUGGAGAAUUUCCUUAUGUAGAUGUCUCGGGGGGUGAGUUGUGGAUAAACAUUCUGCAUGAUACUCUUAAACAAGGGUUUGCACCAAAAUCUUGGACAGAUUACCUUCAUCUUACUGUUGGGGGUACUCUCUCAAAUGCCGGAAUAAGCGGGCAAGCCUUUAGGCACGGACCCCAGAUCAAUAACAUCCUCCAGCUAGAAGUGGUCACAGGUAAAGGAGAGGUGGUUACCUGCUCAGAGAACAGAAGAGCUGACCUUUUUUAUGGUGUUCUCGGAGGACUUGGUCAAUUUGGCAUCAUCACCAAGGCUAGAAUUUCUCUUGAACCAGCACCGAAGUUGGUGAAAUGGAUUAGAGUGCUGUACUCAGAAUUCUCUAUAUUUGCCAGGGAUCAAGAGUAUUUGAUAUCACUUGAAAACACAUUUGACUAUAUUGAAGGAUUUGUAAUCAUAAAUAGAACUGGCAUCCUUAACAAUUGGAGAUUAUCCUUUAACCCCAAAGACCCACUUCAAGCCAGCCAAUUCAAUUCAGAUGGGAAGACCUUCUAUUGUAUUGAGAUGGCAAAAUACUUCAACCCAGAUGAAGCUGAAGUCAUGAGUCAGAGUGUUGAUCACCUACUGUCAGAACUGAGUUACAUUCCAGUCACACUCUUCCUAUCAGAAGUUUCUUACGUGGAAUUCCUAGACAGAGUGCAUGUCGAUGAGAAAAAGCUAAGAGCAAAAGGCUUGUGGGAAGUUCCACAUCCUUGGCUGAACCUUAUAAUACCAAGGAGUGAGAUUCAUGACUUUGCUGAAGAGGUAUUUGGCAAUAUUGUUAUGGACACAAGGAAUGGUCCAAUAAUCAUUUACCCUGUCAACCAAACAAGGUGGGACAGUAAAACAUCUCUGGUGACCCCAGAGGAAGAUGUUUUCUACCUAGUGGCAUUCCUAUCCUCAGCAGUCCCAUUUUCUACAGGUGCAGACAGUUUGGAAUACAUUUUAACCCGAAACAAAAGGAUAUUGGAUUUCUGCACCAAUGCCCAACUCAGAGUCAAGCAAUACCUUCCACAUUACAGCACAGUAGAAGAAUGGCAAAACCAUUUUGGGUCAAGGUGGGAGGCACUUGUGGAAAGAAAAACAGCCUAUGACCCACUGGCACUGCUUGCCCCUGGCCAUAGAAUCUUUCAAAAGGCAAUGUCUACCUCCUGUUAG